AUGCGAGCAGCGAGCCUCGGCCACUACAACGUGGUCAAGGCCCUGCUCAAGGUCAAGUGCUGCCCUGUUGAUGCUCGGAAUGUGCAUGGCAAGACGGCGCUGAUGCUGGCGGCGGAGCGAGACGACAAGGAAGGAUACAGGUGCGCGGCACUUCUCGUAUCCUGGAGGGCCUCCAUCAACCUUGUCGACGACUCGGGGGAAACUCCCCUGAUUAAGGCGGCGAGCAACGGGAACUUGCACCUGGUCAAGCACCUGCUCAGCAAGGGAGCGAGGACGGACCUGGUGGACUCGGCGGGUUUCUCAGCUCUCCGACGCGCGACCUUCGAGGGUCACGAGGACGUUGUCAAGAUUCUCAUC